GCCAGAAAAUGUCAGGUAUCAUAUAACGUGUGUUUAUAUUUAAGAGAUAAAAAUGUCCUUAGCCCAAGACAGGAUUUCAGGAAUUUUAUCUCACAAAGCUGAUAUCGAUUCGUUAUUUUCAUCAGAAGAAUCUGAAGAAAACGUUGUAAAAGUUCAAACUCCCGAACCAGAGGUGAUUACUCUUGAAAAUGAGUACAGCGAAGAGGAGUUAGAUACCCUCACGUCCUAUAUUAAAGAUAUAACCACCCUGUAUGAUCUAAGAGAGGAGGAUUGGACUGGGGAGUGUUACUCAAAUAUUAAACGAUGGUUGACUACUCCUUCAGAACCUCUGCUUAUAAUCUACUUUGAACAUGAAGAUUUGGUUUGUAACACUUGCAUACCCAAAGUACCUAUAAUCGAUGCUACGUAUUUUUUAAGAGAACCAGGAUACUUAUAUGAAGUAGCAGAUUUUUAUGACAAAAUCAUUUUUGGCACAGUUGACGGAUGUGUCGAGGGUACAAUAUUGAAAAUAAUACAGAAUGCAUACGCUCCCAUAUUAAUGGGAAAUAAUAACUGGCCCGAUAGUGUAAAAAACGAUUUUAGUAACGCUUUGCACAUGUUUCUGGCAAAAAUUACCGAUAUUCAUUAUAGGCUGCAAGGUUUGACAGUUCUAUACAUUCCUAGAAGUAUUUGUCAAAUAACUGUCGAAGAAGCAAGCGAAGACAAGGAACUUGUCAAAAGAAUGGAAGGAGUAGUGGUUUAUUGGACAAAACAGGUCCGGGUAGGCUUACAAGAUCAAGAUCAGAAUGUUUCAGACGAUUUGCUCUGCCCUCUAGACGAAUAUAAUUUCUGGAAAGACAGAUACGAAAAUCUACUUGGAUUAAAUUAUCAGUUGGAGUACCCAGGCGUGAAGCACAUUUGCAAAUUACUCUCUGCAGUGCAGUCUUCUUACGUGAAACAGUUCAAACUAUUGGGCGAAGAAAUCAUUCAUAACGUUGAAGAAUCAAAAUCUAACAUUGAGUAUUUGAAUGUGUUAGUCGAACCUUGCAAGAAACUGGCCAAUAUAAAACAUCCAAAAGAUAUCCCGAAAAUUUUGCCUAAAAUUCUCCAUCUUAUCAGAUUCAUUUGGAUGAAUAGCCCAUAUUAUAACACACACGAAAAAAUUACAACACUGUGCAGGUCUGUUAGCAACCAAGUGAUAUUACAAUGCACGGAUUUCAUCGACAUGAACGACAUUUUUGAGAAAAAGGAAACAAGAAACGCCAUAAAAACCUUCGAAAUAUGCAUCGAAUGUUUGACAGAUUACAUCAAAGCUUACGUUCUGGUGUCAGAAUCACAUAACGAAUUCGGAAAGAAACCCUGGGAUUUGGAUAAAGCUCCCAUUUUCAAUCACGUGGAUUCAUAUAUACAGAGAUGCAAAGAUAUGAUCGAAGUGUGCGAAGCUAUGAUCAUUUUUGGAAGAUACGAUGAAACAGAGGAGAUCCCUAAACCAUUAUUCCCCACUUCAAAGGGCGUUCAAUUUGAAAAUUGGGCAGAAAGAAUUGAAAAAAUGUUCAAUGACAGUCUUGCUGAAAUCGAGAAGGUAAAGCAGAGGAUACUUGACGUACAACAGGCCGAAUGGUACGAUGACAUCCUCAAAUUCAGAACUAGGAUGAAAGAUGUAGAAGUGGUGGUGGAAAAUUUAACCAACAUGGUAUUCGAUGAGAUAGCGAAUGUAGAAGAGGGCAUAGAAUCUUUAGCUGCCAUGUAUAAUUACUCCAAAAGGAAGACCCUGUAUUCGUUGUUUGACGGAAAAACUUUACUGGUGUACAAAAUGUUUAGAGAAGAGAUUCUCGAUAUCAAACAAGACAUUCAGUUAGAGGCAGAAAUGUAUCCUACAAUGUUGCCAUAUUAUUCAGGCAGAGCACAGAUGCUAAAGAUGAAAAAACACCGAUUGAGCAUAUUGAAGAAGUUGUUUGAUGAUGCCGGCUGGAUGAUGCCUUGCAGCAUAUCCAAAGAGGUGUUUGCUCAGUACGAGAAGCUGAUUUCCUCGAUUGACGACAAGGUAUUCAACUUGUACAGAAAAUGGGUGGACAAAAUCGGAGAGGAUGUCGGUCUUCGAUUGCAAACGCCUUUGAUGUGUAGGAGCGUCACAAAACCUGGGUUGCUGGAAUGCAAUAUUGACAGGUCCAUAUUAAAAAUAUUCAACGAAGCAAAGUGCUGGGAUACCCUGGGCUACGAGAUUCCAACCUACGUGAAAUCAGUCUAUACCAAGGCCGAUAAUAUAAAAUUCGUCUAUGAAUGCGUCCUAAACGUGGUACUGGACUACAACAAGAUCAUUUCGUCUCUAUCUGACGAGGAAAGGUUGCUGUUUAAACCUUUGAUUUCCAACGUGGAGAAGAAGAUAUCUCCUGGACUCAGCAAGCUCACUUGGGGCACGGAGAUUGGCGAUGAGUACAUUGCUGAGUGUAGCAAUACCACUGCUGAGCUACAAAGCUUUGUGGACGAUUACAAACAGUGCAACUUACAAGUCGUGGCUAUUUGUGAAAAAUUGUGCGAUACGCCUCUAAUAAAUCUUACCCAGUACUCGGCCAUGAACUUGGAAGAUCUGGUUUCCGAACUGAGCAAGUACAUGAACAACACCAUAACAAUUCUAAUCGACUACUACUAUAAAAUAACAGAGUUUUUAGUGAUGGUGUUUGAGGGAUUUGAACACGUCAUAGGGACAAUGGCUCACCAGUGGGUGCGAUAUAUAACAAAUUUCGACAAGCUGAUGGAAGAAGCUUUGAAAAUAUGUUGUAAGAACUCCCUCCUAUCCGUGUACGAAGCUCUACACGGAGAUGGUACUACGGAUCCCAUUCCAUUGUUGAAAAUAGAAGUUAACUUGGUAGGAAAUAAGAUCAAUUUCAAUCCGCCAUUAAUAAGUGUAGCCAACGUGAUAGCUAAUUUCCAAAACACACUGGUCGAAGUUGUCAAGUAUCUACCGAAAUUAAACGAUAAGUUUCAUGUCACAGACGAGCGAUGUUUCCUGCCUUAUUCCGCUUUGAUAGCGAAUGACACGGAAUGUAGAAAUAUGCAACAGCAACUGAACAAUGAGGUACGAUACGUCGUAGAAAAAAUUAAAGAAUAUAUAAAAGUUUGGGAACCAUUCCGGGACUUGUGGGAAGUGGACAAAGACAAAUUCAUUCGGCGUUACGAAGAGGAGGACCCUAGCGCUGCCCUUUUCGACGCCAACAUCGGCCGCUACACUGAACUUGCCAACAACGUUCAAAUACAGGAAACUGUAUCUGAAGUGUACUUUUUGCAAAUAAAUUGUGCCAACUUGAAAAAGGCUAUCAUUGAACACUGUUUGGAGUGGCAGGAGAAAUUGUGUCUGUUACUGUACAAUAUAACUGAGAGGAAGCUGAAUGAUAUUUAUGAAUAUAUGGACAAGAAUAUUAAAGAAAUUUCCAAAGAACCACAAACCCUGGAACAUAUGCAGCAGUCAAUCGUUCUUCAUGCCCAACUGAAGAACGACAUUCCCAUCCAGGAGGAGCAGUUUCCUCAAAUUACCGACCAAAUAUACACCCUGGACAAAUACACGGUUCCUAUUCCUCCACCGAUGAGAAUCAGACACAAGCAUUUGGCCAGAGAAUGGGCCACGUACUUGGAGAACCUGGAGACCGCAGAACAGAUGCUGGAAUAUUCCAUGGAACGGUUUAAAACUGGACUUUUGGAAAAGUCGGAGUUUUCAAGGAACAAUGCCAGAUUGCUGCUUGACGAAUUUAUGACUAAAGGUCCAUUUACUUCUGACUGGUCGAUUGAAGACGGGCUGGCCUAUUUGGCCCAUAUGAGGAUGUGCCUGAAGGACAUGAAGGAGAACGAUGACAAGCUUCGAGCGAAUUUGGCCAUUUUUGGUCUCAGUUAUGACGAGUGCAUGGAAAUGGCCAAGUUGGAGACCGAGUUAACUUCUCUGGAACAAGUUUGGGACUUGGCAGCCCAAUGGAGCAAAGCCUGGAACAGUUACAAAUCGGGUGAAUUCUGGACUAUAGAAACAACCGACAUGGAAGAGACCGCUUUGGUGUUGUUCAGAAAACUAACCAGAUUGUGUAGAGAACUCCAAGAGAAAAAUUGGAAGAUCCUGGAAGAUACAAGAGCUCAAGUAGACGCUUUUAGAAGAACUCUACCACUGCUAGGAGAUUUGAAGAAUCCAGCAAUGAGACCAAGACAUUGGGAGAAGGUUAGGAAGGCAGUUGGUAUAGAAUUCGAUGAGAAUAGUCCAGAGUUUAACCUCGAAGCGAUAUACGCCAUGGAGAUGCACAAGUUUGCUGAAGAUAUCAACGAGAUAUCAAACGCUGCAACCAUGGAGUUGCAAAUUGAGAAGGGAUUGAGAGCCAUUGUGGAAAUAUGGAAUAAGAUGCAGAUAGAAUUGAUUCCAUACAAAGAUAGAACUGUGUAUAGGAUUAAGAGUGUUGACGACUGUUUUGCUGCCUUAGAAGAAAAUAUCAUGCAGUUGUCUACAAUGAAGAGUACCAGAUUCGUGGAACCCUUCACCAAAGUCGUGGAUUAUUGGGAGAGAACCUUGUCCUACGUUAUGGAGACUCUAGAAAUGGCCCUACAGGUUCAAAGGCAAUGGCUUUAUUUAGAGAAUAUAUUUUUUGGAGAAGACAUACGAAAGCAACUACCUAAAGAAUCGGUAGAUUUCGACAAUAUAACAGAUGAAUGGAGGGACGUUUCUACAAGACUAUAUUUCUCAAAAUCAGCCCUGAAAGCCACCCAUUAUAAACCUGCUCCAUAUUUAUACCAGAAAUUGAUUAAAAUGAAUGAUAAACUGGAUCUCAUGCAGAGAGCUUUAGAAAGGUACCUGGAGACCAAACGACACAUAUUUCCGAGGUUUUACUUCAUAUCCAACGACGACAUGUUGGAAAUCCUGGGUAAUUCCAAGAAGCCCGAACUAGUACAAAUCCAUCUGAAGAAACUCUUCGAUAACUUGACCAAGAUCAAAAUCCAAAAAAAUCAAGUACUGAACAAACAGGAGUGUCUUGCAAUGUUUUCUGAUGACGGGGAGAUGACGGAAUUUAUAAAACCUUUUCUAUUGGAAGGACCCACUGAAUUGUGGCUUCUCCAAUUGGAGACAGCGAUGAGAGUAGCUCUAAGAACUGCUUUUAAACCUUGCAGAGGGGAAUUGAAAAAGAACUUGAACAAGAGAGACAAAUGGUUGCUGGCGAAUUGUGGACAGCUGUGCAACGCUUGCAGUUUGAUACAAUGGACGACUGACUGUACAAGGGCUUUAGUCCAUGCCAAGUUGAUGGAGAGUAAGAAACCUUUGAAAAGACUGAGAAGGAAACAGAAUCAGGUGCUUUCUAAGCUCUCGGAGCUGAGCAGAAGGGAGCUGACUAAGCUACAAAGACUGAAAGCCAACGCCUUGAUAACCAUCGAAAUACAUUCGAGAGAUGUCAUAGAUAGAUUGUACAAAGCAAAUUGUAGAGACACAAAUGCAUUCGAAUGGUUUUCUCAAUUGAGAUUCUACUGGGAUAGAGAAACGGACGAUUGUGUCAUCAAACAAACCAAUACGAAUUUUAAUUAUGGAUAUGAGUAUAAUGGAAAUUCAGGAAGAUUGGUUAUCACCCCUCUAACUGAUAGGUGUUAUAUUACUUUAACUACUGCCCUUCACCUAUACCGAGGUGGAAGUCCUAAGGGACCAGCUGGUACAGGCAAAACUGAGACUGUCAAGGAUUUGGGCAAAGCUAUGGGCAUGUGGGUUAUAGUGAACAACUGUUCAGAAGGCCUGGAUUAUAAGAGUAUGGGAAAAUGUUUCGCUGGUCUGGCUCAAACCGGUGCGUGGGGAUGUUUCGACGAGUUCAACAGGAUUAAUAUAGAAGUUUUGUCUGUGGUGGCCCAGCAAAUUUUGUGUAUUUUACAGGCUCUGUCGCAAAAACAGAAACAAUUUAUUUUUGAAGGUUAUGAACUUACUAUAAAAUGGACUGUAGGAAUAUUCAUCACCAUGAACCCUGGAUACGCGGGAAGAACCGAGCUUCCAGACAAUUUGAAGUCCAUGUUCAGGCCCAUCUCCAUGAUGGUACCCGACAGUGCUAUCAUCGCAGAAAACGUUCUAUUCAGUGACGGUUUCACCAACACGAAAGUAUUGGCUAAAAAGGUUUUUACAUUGUACCAACUGGCAAUACAACAACUGAGCAAGCAAGACCAUUACGAUUUCGGCUUGCGGUCAAUGGUAGCGUUGCUGAGAUACGCUGGACUAAAGAGAAGGCAAAUGCCUCAAAUUCCUGAAGAACAAGUGGUGUAUUUGGCCAUGAGAGACAUGAAUAUAGCCAGAUUUACAUCAAAUGAUUUGCCCUUGUUCAGUGGCAUCAUGUCGGACAUUUUUCCAGGCGUGAUCAUUCCUGUCGUCGACUACAUAGAAAUAAACGCCGCCAUGACAGAUUUCAUGACCGAAAAUAACCUACAACCGAUUCCUGUAGCCAUGACCAAGGUUAUCCAAUUGUACGAAACCAAAAAUUCCAGACAUUCCGUUAUGAUACUUGGAAAAACUGGAACUGCCAAAACUGUGACGUGGAAAACGUUGCAGGGUACUUUGGGAAGGCUGAAAGAUUUGGGCAAACCAGUGAAUUAUGUCCAAGUUUAUCCAUUGAAUCCGAAAGCGCUCAACUUGGGUGAGCUCUAUGGCGAGUACAAUUUAGCAACCAAUGAAUGGUUAGAUGGCGUUAUAAGUGCAGUAAUGCGGAAGACGUGUUCAGAAGACACACCCGACGAAAAAUGGAUCUUGUUUGAUGGUCCUGUGGAUGCGGUUUGGAUAGAAAACAUGAACAGUGUGAUGGACGAUAAUAAAGUCUUGACAUUGAUCAAUAGCGACAGAAUUACAAUGCCUGAACAAGUAUCUCUGUUGUUUGAAGUCGGCGAUCUUUCUGUGGCAUCUCCUGCCACUGUGAGCAGGUGCGGAAUGGUUUACAAUGAUUACAAGGACUGGGGCUGGGAACCCUACAUCAAAUCCUGGGUGGCCAAGCAGAAGCCCAAAGGCUAUAAUUUCCAAGAAAAAGUCUGGCAGAUGUUCGACAGCUACAUGAAUCUUUUGCUGGACUUCAAACGAAUGAAUUGCUCGGAGAUAGUGGAAUGUUGCGAGAUCAAUUUGGUAUCGUCCUUCUGCAAGAUGCUGGAUAUAUUUGCUACUAAAGAAAAUGGCAUAAACCCAUUGGAUGAGGAACAUUUCGAGGAUUCAGUGCGGAAUUGGUUCUUGUUUUGCAUGACUUGGUCUAUCUGUUGUACUACGGACGAGGAAGGUAGGGCGAAGUUCGAUACCUUGAUUCGCGAAAAGGAAGGAGUGUUUCCGAUAAAGAAUACCGUCUACGAGUAUUUUGUCGAUGUUCCGAAUCAUUGUUUUGCUAGUUGGGAGGAGAAGCUCAAGUAUGGUUGGAGGUAUGAUCCCGCUUUCCCAUUCUACAAAAUCCUAGUUCCCACGGUAGAUACAGUAAGGUACGAAUACAUCGUAAACGCACUGCUCACAAAAGGAUAUCCCGUACUGAUGACGGGUCCCGUGGGAACAGGCAAAACGUCCACAGCCCAGUCCGUGUUGGGGGCAUUGAGUCCGGACGAUUACGUCAUUCUCAACGUCAAUAUGAGUGCACAAACGUCAUCUAUAAAUUUACAAAACACUAUCGAAAGUAGAGUAGAAAAACGCACAAAAGGCCACUAUGCUCCCGCUGGUGGCAAGACAAUGAUAACUUUUCUGGACGAUCUCAAUAUGCCCGCCAAAGAAACAUACGGUUCCCAGCCUCCGUUGGAAUUGUUGAGGCAAUGGAUGGACUACGAUUUCUGGUACGACAGACAAAAGCAAACCCGAAAAUAUGUAGAGAACAUGCAUAUACUGGCUUCUAUGGGACCCCCUGGCGGAGGCAGGCAAGUUAUUUCUGACCGGUUGCAGAGCAAGUUUAACCUGAUCUGCAUGACGUUUCCUGACGAAGCUACGAUCGAAAGAAUCUACGGCACUAUGCUGUUACAGCAUUUGGCUAGUUUCGACGAAGGCGUUAAAGUUGUCGGGAAAACAAUCACCGAAACUACUAUAGAUCUGUAUAAUAACGUGAUAGUGAAAAUGCUUCCAACUCCAACCAAGAUUCACUAUCUCUUCAAUUUGAGAGAUAUUUCGAAAAUAUUUCAAGGUCUGUUGCGAAGUCACCGAGAUUACCAGGACGACAAGAUUUCUUUGCUCAGAUUGUGGAUUCACGAGUGUUUCAGAGUCUUUUUUGACAGACUAAUAGAUGAAAGCGAUCAAGAAUGGUUUUAUGCGCAAAUGAACGAACAACUGGGAAGACAUUUCGAUCUGACAUUGCAUAGUUUGUGCCCAGGAAAUGAUAUCCCGGUUUACGCGGAUUUUGUUAAUCCUUAUGGAAUAUACGAGGAGCAUGCGAAUAGAACAAAUUUGAAAAAUUUUCUUAACACCCAAAUGGAGGAAUACAACGUGAUGCCAGGAGUGGUACCUAUGGAUUUGGUACUGUUCACAGACGCCUUAGAGCAUAUUUGUAGGAUUGUCAGAGUUAUAUCGCAGCCUAGAGGAAACAUGCUCUUGGUUGGAAUAGGUGGUAGUGGUAGACAAUCGCUAGCCAGAAUAUCAGCCUACAUUUGCGAGUACAGCACUUACCAAAUAUCCGUUACCAGAAGUUACAAGGUUCCCGAGUUUAAAGAAGAUUUAAAAACUCUAUACGGUAUAACGGGAGUUGCUGGAAAACAAACUUCUUUCCUCUUCAACGACACUCAAAUAACCGACGAAGCGUUUUUGGAAAUCGUCAAUAAUAUGCUGAGCAGCGGUGAAGUGGCCAACCUGUACAAGCCCGAUGAAUUCGAAGAGGUUAAAGGAAAACUGGAAAGCGCAGCUACAAAAGCUGGCGUGAUACAUACAAACGAAGCUCUAUACGAGUUUCUGAUAACUAGAGCUAGAGCUAACAUGCAUAUCGUUCUUUGUAUGAGCCCUAUUGGAGAUGAAUUCAGGAACAGACUAAGGCAAUAUCCAGCUUUGGUUAAUUGCACUACCAUAGAUUGGUUCCACGAAUGGCCGAAACAAGCCCUUUUGGAAGUGGCGAUGAAAUUUAUAGCUGACGUAAAUUUCAACGAAACCAUAACAGGAAAAGCUGGAAAAACCAGAAGAGAGUCGUUGGUUCAGUCGACCCAAGAGAAAAUGAUGCAAGCUACAUCAGAAGCUUUUUCCUACAUCCACACAUCUGUGGUGGAGUUCUCCAAUUUGAUGAAGAUGGAAAUGAAGAGGCACAACUACGUUACUCCAACCAACUAUUUGGAAUUGGUCUCCGGAUACAAAAAAAUGCUGACUAGCAAAAGAACAGAAAUUGCCUCUGAGGCGAAUAAAUUGAGGAAUGGUCUGUGGAAGAUCGACGAUACCAAAGACAAAGUCACCUCCAUGUCGAUAGAGCUGGCAGAGGCUCAGAUAAAGGUGGCAGAGUUCCAACAGCAGUGCGACGAAUACCUGGUGAUAAUAGUAGCUCAAAGGAAAGAAGCAGACGAGCAGCAGAAAGAAGUGGCUCUAAAAAGUAUCAAAAUUGGAGAAGAGGAAGUACAAUGUAAGAAACUGGCUGAUGUAGCUCAGGCUGAUUUGGAUGAAGCUAUGCCUGCUUUGGAAGAAGCUAUCCGAGCACUGGAUUCGCUGAGUAAAAAAGAUAUUAGCGAAAUGAAAAGUUACGGCACUCCACCCCAGAAGGUCAAAAUGGUCAUGGAAGCUGUAAACAUACUGAAAGGGGUUGAUCCGAGUUGGGCAGAGGCAAAACGUCUUCUAGGUGAAAUGAAUUUCCUCAAAGAUUUGAAAGACUUUGAUAAGAAUCAUAUAACUGAAAAGACACUGAAAAAAAUCGCAAACUACACGAUGAGCGAGGAGUUUAUUCCUGAAAAGGUGGGAAUUGUGUCCUUUGCUGCGAAGUCGUUGUGUCAAUGGGUCAUUGCCAUUGAAAAAUAUGCAAAAGUUUGGAAAGUUGUGGGUCCAAAACAAGCAAAACUAGACGAAGCUAUAGAUUCACUGAAAGAGAAACAGGCCAUGCUGGCGGAGGCUCAAGCUAAAUUAGCGGAAUUAAACAUGUACUUGCAGAAAUUGCAAAAAGAAUACGAGGAAAAGUUAGAGCAGAAGGAAGAACUUAAUAGAAAGGCAGAAUUGUUGAAACUCAAACUCGAAAGAGCUGCUACCUUGGUUGAAUGUUUAGCUGGUGAAAGACAGCGAUGGGAAGAAACAGUUAAAGAACUGGAUUUGAAAUAUACUUUCCUGCCAGGAGACUGUUUGUUAUCCACGGCUUUUAUAUCGUAUGUUGGGCCCUUUGUAACCACCUACAGGGACAAGUUAGUGGAGAUGUGGAUUAAAGAAGUUACAAGUUUGGAAAUCCCCACUUCUAUAGAUUUCAACGUAAUCAACUUCUUGAGCGAUCCAACUACCAUAAGAGAAUGGAACAUACAGGGUCUUCCAGCUGAUAAUUUCAGUACGGAAAACGGUAUAAUCGUGACGCAGGGUUCUAGAUGGGCUUUGGUCAUUGAUCCCCAAUGUCAAGCACAGAAAUGGAUCAAAGCUAUGGAAGGAAAAAAUGAUUUGCAGGUUAUUGAUUUCGGUAUGCCAAACUUUAUGGGAGUGGUCGAAAAGGCAGUCAGAUAUGGACAGCCAGUUCUGCUCCAGAACAUCAUGGAGACCAUGGACCCUUCAAUGAACCCUAUUUUGUCCAAGGCCGUGGUGAAACAAGGUGGUCACAAUAUGAUUAAGCUUGAUGACAAAUACGUGACUUAUGACCCAAGAUUUAAAUUUUUCAUUACCACCAAAAUGACCAAUCCUCAUUACCCACCGGAGAUCAGUACCAAAACCACCUUGGUAAAUUUUGCCGUGAAAGAACAAGGAUUAGAAGCCCAACUUUUGGGAAUAGUAGUGAAAAAAGAGAGACCGCAAUUGGAAGAAGAAAAGCAAAACUUGGUGAUCACAAUAGCUACAGGCAAAAGAACUUUGACUGAUUUGGAAAACGAACUGCUGAGGCUCCUAAACGAAUCGAGAGGUUCGUUGUUAGAAGACGCAGAAUUGUUUAACACGUUGCAAACAUCCAAAGCUACUUCGGCAUCGGUUAAAGAAAGUUUGGACAUAUCGGAAAAGACAGAAGUACAGAUCGACGCGGCUAGAGAGGGAUACAGGCCCUGUGCUAAAAGAGCUUCAAUAUUAUUCUUCGUGCUCAACGACAUGGGAAACAUAGACCCGAUGUACCAGUUUGCCCUUGACGCCUACAUCUUCCUGUUCCUGAAAUCCAUAGCCAAGAGUCCCAAGGCCGCGAUAUUGCAGGAGAGGAUAAACUCUUUGAACGAUUUCCACACUUUCGCUGUUUACAAAUACACCUGUCGUGCCCUGUUCGAGAAACACAAACUCCUUUUUUCGUUCCACAUGUGCAUAAAAAUUCUGAGCGCCCAAGGAAAGAUUGUAACGACGGAGUACGGCUUCUUGCUCUCAGGUGGCGUGGUGUUGGAUAGAGAAAAUCAACGGGAAAAUCCCUGCUCGACGUGGUUAAACGAGGUCGCUUGGGAUAAUAUAACAGAAUUGGAUAAAUUGCAAGGUUUUCACGGAGUGGUUGAUUCGUUCGAGCAGUAUUCUAGGGAUUGGUAUAACUGGUAUACUCAUACAGAACCUGAAACCUUGCCUUUGAUAGCUGAAUGGGAUGGUAUUUGCAACGAGUUUCAGAAAAUGCUGUUUGUCAGAUCUCUCAGAGCGGACAGGGUAUCUUUCUGUAUCACCAACUUUAUAGUGAACCAGUUAGGGCCUCAAUAUGUUGAGCCUCCUGUUUUAGACGUUAAAGCUGUUUUAGAAGAAUCCGUACCCCAAACUCCCUUAAUUUUCGUACUAUCUCCCGGAGUAGAUCCUACUUCAGGGCUCAUACAACUCGCAGAGGCUUCCCAAAUGACCUCAAGGUUCCAGUGUCUCAGUUUAGGACAAGGACAAGCUCCCAUAGCAACAAAGCUUCUACAAACUGGCGCAAAAGAUGGCCAAUGGGUGUUUCUAGCCAAUUGUCACUUGUCGUUAAGCUGGAUGCCCAAAUUGGACAAAAUCGUAGAAAUUUUGCAAACCGGAAAAGUGCAUCAGAAGUUUAGGCUGUGGCUCAGUUCCAGUCCCCAUCCAGAUUUUCCAAUUUCCAUAUUGCAGGCUGGGAUUAAAAUGACCACUGAACCUCCAAAGGGUUUGAAGGCGAAUUUGAAGCGUCUCUACCAGCUGCUCACUGAGGAUCAGUUCAACGCUUGUCAGCAUCCGGAAAAGUACAAGAAGCUGCUUUUUGGGCUCUGUUUUUUCCAUGCCAUUUUAUUGGAGAGGAAAAAGUUUCAGGAGUUGGGAUGGAAUGUUAUUUAUAGUUUCAAUGAUUCAGAUUUUGAAGUAUCCGAAAAUCUACUUCAAAUAUAUUUGGAUGAGUAUACCCAAGAGACUCCGUGGGACGCGCUGAAGUACCUCAUUGCUGGCGUCAGCUACGGAGGUCACGUGACAGAUGACUGGGACAGGAGAUUGCUGAUGACGUAUAUUAAUUCGUAUUUCUGCGAUGAUGCCUUAACUGUAGCCUAUUUUAGGUUGUCGACUUUGAGCACCUACUACAUACCCAGAGAUGGUUCUUUGCAAUCUUAUCAAGACUACAUAACCCUUCUUCCAACUGUGGAUAGGCCUGAAGCAUUUGGACAGCAUCCUAAUGCUGAUAUAACCUCUCUGAUAUCGGAGACCAGAAGCAUGUUUGAAACACUAAUGUCUCUGCAGAUUCAAUCAUCCGGCAGUGCUACGGCCGAAUCUAAAGAAUCUAGAGUAUCCAAGUUGGCCACUGACGUUAUGUCAAAGGUACCACCGCUUAUGGAUUACGAAAAUACGGAUAAGCUAACUGGAAACCACAAAAUGCCUCUGGAUGUGGUACUACUUCAGGAAAUUAACAGGUACAACGCUUUAUUAUCACUGAUAAAUACGUCAUUGGAGGACCUUCAAAAGGGCAUAAAGGGCUUGGUAGUGAUGUCGUCAGAGCUGGAAGAAAUUUUUACUUGCAUUUUUGAAGGAAGAGUUCCCUCAACGUGGCUCAAAGCUUAUCCGUCACUGAAACUCUUGGGUUCUUGGACAAGAGAUCUGGUUGCUAGAGUGGAACAUUUCACCACAUGGUCUGUAACUACCCACCCUCCAAUGUUAUUUUGGUUGGCUGCCUAUACCUUUCCCACUGGUUUUCUAACGGCUGUUCUACAGACCACUGCAAGACAAAAUGAAGUGCCCAUAGACUCCUUGAGUUGGGAUUUUUCUGUGUUAUCCGUGGAGGAAUGGACAAUUCAACAGCCCCCUGAAACAGGGGUUUACGUCAGAGGUACUUACUUGGAAGGUGCAGGUUGGGACAAGAAGAAUUCCAUUUUGGUGGAACCUCAGCCCAUGCAGCUGGUGUGUCCCAUGCCGUUGAUUCAUUUCAAACCAAUGGAACAACUAAAGAAGAAAACUAAAGGUUUAUAUUUAUGUCCCUGUUACUAUUUUCCUGUAAGAACUGGCGUUGCAGGAAGACCAGCUUAUGUUGUGGCUGUCGAUUUGAAAUGUGGAGAAAUAGAAGGAUCAGAUUAUUGGAUUAAAAGAGGCACAGCUUUAUUACUCAGCUUAGCUACUUAGUUUUGUUUUUCUUUAAAUGUUUAUUACUCGUUAAUGUUGUAAAGUUUAAGACUGGUUAUAUUUCAUUAAAGU